ACCCUUCAUAAUUGGCUCGUCCAAAGGUAGGAGAAGAAGAAAGCAGCUGUUCGGACCGUGAGGAGAGAGAUGAAGAAGGAGAGGUUAAACGAAGAAGACGACCGGACCGGCAAAGGCACCGAAAUAUUUGCGUCCUGCUCCUUCUCUAGCCUCGGCCUCCACCCAACCUUAUGCAAUCAGCUCCGAGAAAGGAUGGGAUUCGAAGCUCCCACGCUUAUUCAAGCCCAAGCUAUUCCUGUUAUUCUCUCGGGCCGUCAUGUGCUUGUAAAUGCGGCUACUGGAACUGGCAAAACGGUCACGUAUCUGGCUCCAAUUAUUCAUCACUUGCACGCUUUCUCUCCUCGAAUCGACCGUUCUUAUGGCACUUUUGCGUUGGUGCUGGUGCCAACGCGUGAGUUGUGCUUGCAGGUUUAUGAGACACUGCAGAAGCUAUUGCAUCGCUUUCACUGGAUUGUCCCUGGUUAUGUUAUGGGAGGAGAAAAUAGGGUUAAGGAGAAAGCUAGGCUGCGCAAAGGCAUAUCUAUUCUUAUCGCAACACCAGGACGCCUUUUGGAUCAUUUAAAGAAUACAGCAUCAUUCUUAUAUACAAAUUUACGUUGGAUUAUCUUUGAUGAAGCGGAUAGAAUUCUUGAACUAGGAUUUGGCAAAGAAAUAGAGGAAAUUCUUGAUCAUUUGGGUUCGAGGAAAAGUGAGCCUGUUGCCAAGGGGAGUGUAGCUUCUGAGAGUCAGAGACAGAAUUUGCUACUAUCAGCAACCUUGAAUGAAAAAGUAAACCAUCUAGCCCAAAUUAGUUUGGAAAAUCCAGUUAUGAUUGGUCUUGAUGACAACAAGGUGCAAUCAAAUAUCUUGCUUGAUCAUAGUGGAUCUGUGGGAUCUGAUGUUGAAGCAGAACUCUUAAACAAAAUGACAGUCUCCUUAUCUGGAGACUAUAAGCUUCCAGCUCAAUUAAUUCAGAGAUAUGUUAAAGUUCCAUGUGGUUCACGGCUCGCUGUACUAAUUUCCAUCCUAAAGCAUCUUUUUGAGAGAGAAGCUUCUCAAAAGAUUGUGGUAUUCUUUUCAACAUGUGAUGCAGUAGAUUUCCACUACUCACUCUUGAGCAAAUUCCAGUUGUCACCAUAUUCACAACCAGAAGCAGAACUCAAACAGUUUUUUCUGAAAUGCAAAACUUUUCGCUUACAUGGAAACAUGAAGCAGGAAGAUAGGAGAAGCACGGUUGGGGCCUUUAAAACUGAGAAAUUGGCCCUUCUCUUGAGUACAGAUGUUGCUGCCAGAGGAUUAGAUUUUCCAAAAGUCAGAUGUAUAAUACAGUAUGAUUCUCCAGGAGAGGCUACUGAAUAUGUGCAUAGAGUUGGUAGAACAGCUCGUUUAGGUGAAAGAGGAGAAUCACUAUUGUUUCUGCAACCCAUUGAACUAGAUUAUUUACAAGACCUGGAGAAACAUGGUGUCUCACUUGCUGAAUUUCCUAUUCUCAAAGUGUUAGAUAAAUUCCCAUUGUAUGGUCAGAUGCCACGUGUUAAAAAGGUGUUUUGCUUAGAAUCACAUCCUUGGGUGAUUCUUCUUCAGAGGGCACUUGAAUCCUUCAUCUUGGCUAAGCCAAAGAUAAAGGAACUGGCGAAGAGUGCAUUUUGCUCUUGGAUUCGUGCGUACACAGCCCAUCGUGGCGAGCUGAAGAGAAUAUUCAUGGUGAAGAAACUUCAUUUGGGGCAUGUUGCAAAGAGCUUUGCAUUAAAAGAACAGCCUUCAUUGGUGGGAAAAUCAUUCCAAAAGCAAUCAAAGAAGAGGAAGGCAAAUGAAAAGCAGAAGGGACAAAUGAAAAAGCGGAAGAUUGCCAUUAAAAACAUGAACACAUAAGACAAAGAAAGUUAGCUAUUGAAGACUCCAAAGAUAGAAUGCUCCUGGCAUGGAGACGACCAUUACUAAUCCCGAUUUGGACUGCUACAGCAGGAACAGGCUUCUUUUAGAAGCUGUUAGGAUCCUAAUCCUGGUUUAGAGGAAUUAUGGAAGAAGGAAAAAGAUCGAAGCAGAACAGAGAAGAAGAUAAAUGAGAAAUGAGAAAUGAGAACUGUGUAAGGAGAAUGCAGAGAGGGAGUUGGGUGAUGAUUGAGAAUUUCUGUGUUGAAAAUGUUGGAUACUCUUCUUUUUCCAUGAAUUAGGGAUUCCAUUAUCUCCCCAUACAAAAAACAAAUAUCCAAAUGCUAACAUCCUGAUAUUAGGAAUAGUUUGUUCAUAAGCAACUAAGAAUAACGAUGGACAACAAUAGCAUGUUCUUUUGUUUUUUUUGGUUCGAAUUCGACUAUCUAGAUUAAAAAGUAAGAGCGA